UUUUAGUUUACGAGAUCUAAACGGGACGGGCGGACAGACGGACAGACAUUUCGCACAAAACUAAUAGCGUCUUUUCCCCCUUUCGGGGGCCGCUAAAAAUGGCUAUCAAUCGAUAGUCUUCUUCUGAACGCGCAAACAAGCUUCUCGUCUGAUUCGACCGACACGGGCUUUCCCGCGCCUCGUCUAUCUCUCAUCAGCACGCCUCUCUCUCUUCCCCUCUCUCGUGAUAAUUUAUUUAAAAAUGUUCAAAGUGCCGUAAGUGAUAAACAAUAACGACGCAAACGCGUACAUCAUAUGCAAACCAUUGACUGGUUUGACUAGACAUUUCGUCAUGUGUCUUGCCAGCCCGUGACCUUUGAUACUGCGAGCUAAAGCGUGUAUUCCGUUCGAGGCAGGUGGCGAGGUCUCUAUCUCUCAUGGAUGAGUAUUUCAUGCGCUGAAAGAAAUGUUAUAGGCCUAGUGUGCUGUGAUCACGUCUGCUUGCCAGAAUUGUGUUGUUUAGUUGUUUUUUUUUUGUGAAAGGCAAGGAGAUGAAGGAUGGUGACUACCCUGCUGUAUGGAUUCAAACAAAAAAUUUACUGAUUCAUGUACAUGGACCACUUCAUUAUUAUGCAAAUAAUGAUUCUCUCAAUUCCUGAUAGAAGGAUGGAUUCUUAUUGACCUAAAUUAGGUACCAUGAGACAAGGGCAGAUAACAAAGUUGUUACUCUUUGCUUCGUUCUUAUGUACCGUCCUCAUAUUUUGGAAUUUUUUCGAUGGCGACACGGACAAAGUGGGACGCAUGGCCUUCAAUGUCACAGGUAUCUCCUCCAGUGUGACGGGUAAAUCUACAUUAAAGAAUGCUGAUAAAGUCCCCAAUUCUCCAAGCUUAACUUUGAAUGUUACAGGAUUUCAAUGCAUCAAAAAUGAAAUGGUCUUGAAAAAAGCAGUGGACACAAAAGUCUUGCUGUUUUACAGAUUCCCGGACUUCUACGAUCUCAAGAACAUGCUCGGCUUCAAAAUGUUUGACAACUGUGACAAGAAAUGUGAGGUGACCACAGAUGAGAAAAGAUUCAAUGAAGCUGACGUCGUGGUCUUUUACAGUCAUAUGUACACCGUCGACCGAACUCCGCCCCAAAAAGUGCCUGGCCAAAAGUGGGUGUUCUUCACAGUGGAGACCCAUUUGUACUCCGAAAACGCCCAUUUUGGUGAACCUCGAUGGUGGAAUAAGUUCGACUGGACGAUGUCCUACAGAUACGAUUCGGAGUUUUGGCACGGCUACGUUCGAAUGAGACCCAGGGUGACGCCUCUGUCUGAAGAUGUUAUGGAAAGGCAGCGUAAGAAUUGGAAGCAGAAGUUUGCCAACAAGACGAAACUGGUGGCUUGGUUUGUCAGCCAUUGCCCCACGGACAGUCUUCGUGAGAAGUACGUUGAGCAGCUCUCCAAACACAUUCCCGUUGACAUCUAUGGCAAGUGUGGCACCUUGAAGUGUGAGGACAGGAAAGAGUGCCUUAAACUUUUGGACAACGAUUACAAGUUUUAUCUUUCCUUUGAGAACUCUCUGUGCGUGGACUACGUGACUGAGAAACUGUUGAACGUCCUUGAACUCAAUACUCUGGUCCCUGUGGUCAGAGGCGGCGCCAAUUACGAUUCUCUCUUCCCUCCCAACUCUGUGAUAAAUGUCAAAGAUUUUCCCUCCCCAGAAAAGUUGGCUCAGUAUCUGAAGGAAUUGGCCAGUAAUGAAGAAGAAUAUAUCAAGAAGUUACAGUGGGUCUGGCAAUAUGAGGUGCUCGGUCCAAAUCUGCCAUUCUGCCACUUGUGUCAAGCUUUGCAUGCAGUCGGCCCCAUCUCUUGUGUUUACGAGAAUGUGUAUCACUGGUGGUCUCACAAUACUUGUCGUAAACCUCAAGAUGUUUGAAAAGAACUUGAGUUCAAGUCUCACAUUCCAUUAGGAUAGAAUCUUUGAAUGUCAGGUUGAUGCUGGCAGGGAAGGAGCAAGGAAGCACAAGUUGUGUCCUGGGUUUGCACCAUCAGAACGUUGAGAGUUACCUAACUUGAAGUAAUUAGAAAUAACUUGAAACAAUAUAAAUGUAUCAACAUUGCACUUCUGGUUCUUUAAAAAACUAAAAAUUUAAGUUGUAACAAAAAUUGGUUAGUUCCGGAUAGAAAAAUUUCGUUAAAAACAAUAUAUUUGCAUUUGAAAAUUCAAGAAUCAUGGAUGUUGAUUAGGCACCUAUAUCUUUUCGUGAAUGGAACAGAUUAUACAUUAAUAUAUUGGUAAAAUUAAUAUAAAAAAUGUAGUCUGUAAUUGAGAUAAUUACUUUUUAAUUUCAUUAAAAAGAAAAUAGGGGCCUUAAGGCUUCGAAGCUAUCAAAACCAUGUUUUAGUGAGCACUAAGUGGUAAAAGGAACCAGUGUACAAAAAUUCAUGGAAAUCCGUUUGAUAGUUUGUGAGAUCUCUUGAUACGUGAAUCAGUAUUUGGUAUAUAUAUAUAUAUAUAUAUAUAUAUAUAUAUAUAAGAUUGUCCAACAUUGUUUGACUUAAAAAGCAUUCUUGUUGCUUGGUGAUUCGUAUUUUUAUGUUAUCCAUAUGUGAAAUCCAUGUUAGUAAACUUACACCACAUUUAGAUUUGUAAUCUCACUUAUAUAUUGACUUUCAUCAUUGAGGGGCCAGCAUAUGCCUUCACAACUGUAGCAUUCUUUAGAUUAACCAAGUCAUGUGUUUGAGAGAUAGAAAAAAAUUGCUUGCGAUGAAAUCCAAUGUUACAAUUUGUUGAAUACUUUACAUUUCUUCUGAAGAUUAAACCUUUUGUUAAUGUACAUGAAAGGCUUCAGUUACAGAACACAUUAAGUUUGCACAAAGAAACAGCUUAUGUUGAUUGCUUCUCCUUAUGAUGGAAACUAAAUAGACAUUCUGGAGUGACAAACUUUUCCGUGUAUUCUCAAUUGACGUGAUUCUGCUUUUCAGCUUUCUUCUGACUAAGGGAGACUCAAGCCUUUUGUGAGAGGUCUUACCAGCAAGUACAAUCUGUCUUCAUUCUGUCACAUCAUAUUUUUUUAUUGAUAACCGUCUCAAACAAGGAAAUUCUAUUGCCGAACUGUGAGUCGAAGACUUAGUGAGAUUGUGACAGAGCGUCGAUUGAGGUUUGCGGGACAUGAACUACGCAUAAUAAGAGUUGCGAUGACAUGGAGACCAACACGAGGAAACAGCGCAAACAGGGACGUCCUCGUAUAACUUGGCGCCACACAUUUAUGGAGGACCUCAGAACAGUGGACACCAGGUGGGAGGAGGCUUCAGACAUUGCCAGUGACAGAUCCUUGUGGAGACACCUUGCCGCCCAAUACGCCGAACAGCGCGGGAGGUCGAAGUCUUAAGUAAUUGUGCACGAGGACACGCCUACUUGCAUCGCCGAAGUCUAAUCUAGAGCGUCUCUUGGGUCUGGUUCCGUUAACAUCUUAAAAGUUGUUCGUGGAAAUUCGUCUGUCUGCAUGAAGCAUAUAUAUCCGAGGCAACACAGUCUUCUCCGUAUCAAUAACACAUCUCUAAACUGCCUGUGUUUAAUGUUUGAUAUUUUCAUCCAUGGCGGAAAAAAAACUAUAAAUAGCUACAAUUUAUUUUGGUAUAUCCGGUGUACAGACUAAAGUCUUGACAGAGUUAUGUUUCUUUUGAAAGUUUUUUUUUGUUGUUGCACUAUUUAGCACUGCAGAAUCCUUAUUUCACAAGCUCUUCCGUUUAUUGCAUACUAGAAUUUAAAUUUAGGAUAAGCAUUAGAUUUUACUCUUUAGUUAAAACAAAUGGGCAACUAAUCAGCGGUAAUACAGGAGGUAUGAUACAAAGAUCAGCUGACUCACAUUUAAAAGUAGAACUCAGCCUUUUGAAUUUCUUUAGCUGGCGACAGUGAAUUUAUAUUGAGCGUACUGUUUAGUUUCUCGUGAAAAUCUCCAGUAAGAACAAUGGUACAUGUUGCUGAAUGUUACUUAUCACUUGAGACACCUUUAAACAUUGCUUGAUGUAAUCUCAAUGUGUGCUUUUAUGUAAAGUGAAUACAAUAUGUGUGUAUCAGACCAUUCCAUAUAUAUAAGAUAAUGUUAUUUGUACAUAAUAUAAUAUGACUUUUUUUUACAACUAUAUAUUUGUUUAUCUUAUGUUGAAUGUGAUUUAAAAAAAUACUUUUUCAUUUCCAUUUCAUUUACUCUUUAAUAACUUUAUUGUUCUAGUAGUAUUCCCUCCCCUUAAACUGACUAACCUCAUGCAGGCUUAGGGAGUGCCCUGUCUGUUGGAAUUUGUAUUAACUUAAUGUAGAAGUUAUUUGUAUUAAGAAAACCAAGUUCCACAUAUUGUAAACCAUUGGCAAAUCAAUGUGGUGUUGACCUUUCCCAACGAAAUCCAGGUUACAGUAUUGACUCCUAGAUCUGUUUUUGUCUGGACAUCAAACCGCAGUCAUCUCAUACUUCGACUACUUUCCGGUCAACUCAUUCCUCCUCAAUCAACCAUUUCCUCCUCAAUCAACUCAUUCCUCCUCAAUCAACCCAUUCCUCCUCAAUCAAACCAUUCUUCCUCGAUCAACCCAUUCCUCCUCAAUCAACCCAUUCUUCCUCAAUCAACCCAUUCCUCCUCAAUCAACCCAUUAAUCCUCAAUCAAACCAUUCUUCCUCAAUCAACCCUUUCCUCCUCGAUCAACCCUUUCCUCCUCGAUCAACCCAUUCCUCCUCAAUCAACCCAUUCCUCCUCGAUCAACCCAUUCCUCCUCAAUCAACCCAUUCCUCCUCAAUCAACCUAUUCCUCCUCAAUCAACCCAUUCCUCCUCAAUCAACCCAUUCCUCCUCGAUCAACCCUUUCCUCCUCGAUCAACCCAUUCCUCCUCAAUCAACCCAUUCUUCCUCUAUCAACCCAUUCUUCCUCAAUCAAACCAUUCUUCCUCGAUCAACCCAUUCUUCCUCGAUCAACCCAUUCCUCCUCAAUCAACACAUUCUUCCUCGAUCAACCCAAUUUUCCUCGAUCAACCCAUUCUUCCUCAAUCAACCCAUUCUUCCUCGAUCAACCCAUUCUUCCUCAAUCAACCCAUUCCUCCUCGAUCAAACCAUUCUUCCUCGAUCAACCCAUUCCUUUUCAAUCAACCCAUUCUUCCUCAAUCAACCCAUUCCUCCUCAAUCAACCCAUUCCUCCUCAAUCAACCCAUUCCUCCUCAAUCAACCCAUUCCUCCUCAAUCAACCCAUUCCUCCUCAAUCAACCCAUUCCUCCUCAAUCAACCCAUUCCUCCUCAAUCAACCCAUUCCUCCUCAAUCAAACCAUUCUUCCUCGAUCAAACCAUUCUUCCUCGAUCAACCCUUUCCUCCUCAAUCAACCCUUUCCUCCUCGAUCAACCCAUUCCUCCUCAAUCAACCCUUUCCUCCUCAAUCAACCCUUUCCUCCUCAAUCAACCCUUUCCUCCUCGAUCAACCCAUUCCUGCUCAAUCAACCCUUUCCUCCUCGAUCAACCCAUUCCUCCUCAAUCAACCCAUUCUUCCUCGAUUACAAAUUGUGACUGUUUAUGUAUUGAAACACUGUUUAUAUUGUGAAGAGGUAAUCAAUCAGGUAUAUAUGUGACAGUGUUAGUGACAAAGUGAACAUUUAUUCACAUUUAUGUCCCGAACAUUUUAAAAAAUAAGAUUUAACCCGAAUCAAUGGUACAAUAUUUUUUUUAAUCAUAGAACACUCACUGAUAUAUAUCUUCUAGUUACACUUGAAAGCAUUUGAUGGACGACAUUGAACUGUUGGUAUCCUUUCAUCUUUGCAACAGUAGCCCCUGUUUUCAAUUGGAAAUAAUCUCCAGGACUUUGUGAUGGCCUUGAUCACCUAACUGUGUUUUUGGAAGUUUGUUUUUUAUAUAUAUAAUAAAUACACUGUUGUCCGUGUUAACAGUU